UACCCAUAGCUUUUUAUUUUGUUCGUGAUGGAAUUAAAACAUUUCAUUUAAAAAAGAUACUAAAAGAGCUGAUUGCAGCAAUAUUUAAAUCAGGAUUUAUUUUGAGAUGUACUGUCUCAGAUCAAGGCUCAGCGAAUGUUGCAGCUAUAAAUUCAUUAAUAGCUGACACACGCGAAGAUAUUCUUCGUAGUGGUAAUGAUGACCCAAAUAUUAUAUGAUAGACAAAAAUAAAUUAUACCACAUGUAUGAUGUUCCGCACCUACUAAAAUGUUUUCGCAAUAAUUUCCAGAAGAAGGACUUGCUGAUUGGAACCCAGCGUGCGCAAUGGAACUACAUCGAAAUGGUGUAUGCUUCAGAUGGCGCACAGGGUCGUGCGAGAACUACCAAAUUAACCGACAAGCAUAUUAAACCAAACUCUUAUGACAAAAUGAAGGUCAAAUUUGCUGCACAAGUCUUCAGCAGAGAGGUGUUUGCAGCCUUACAGAACAGGAUGAAGACAUAUGAAGAUCUGCAAUUAGUACAUAAUUAUAGUGUUCCAUCUGUGAACAUUGAUAAUGGUUUCUUCACUGCUGAAAUCAUCUUAUUCAUUAACGAUUUGUUUGACAGCCUGAACUGUGCCGGUCAUACUAGAGGCGAACUAUCUAACGCUUUGUCCUUGAAUUCAACUCAUUUAGAGUUUUGGAAUAAUGCAUUGAAGAAACUACAAUCAAUGAAAUUUGACGCAACAGACUCAAGAGAAAUACAUAACAAAUUUUAUACAAAAAAAAAACAGCUGUUGAGUUUCUUGCCGGUUCUUCUCAUGCAUUCCGAACCGGUGGUAGUGUAAAAAGAUUUUUAAUGAAAAUACAUUUUUUUCACUGAAAUUUUGUUUACUUUUUCGCAAAUUCCAAGCGUUUCGACCUCAUCUAGCAUGGUCUGUGAUCUCUAGUUUUACACGGAUUAAUGGUCUGUGGUUUUACUACGUCACGUCCUUUUCCGGCCUCCCACCCCACUGAACUCUCGUAAACGUAGAAUUGUAAGAAAGAGA